AUGAGCUGUUCUAUAUGCUCACGUGUUUCUCAUCCUCACCUUCCAUUCCACUGUCCGACAUGCGCUCGCAACCAGCUGUAUCAACUGCGUAUCGAAAGCACCCGAGUGCUGUUAGAGAAGGAGGCUCUUGGGAAACAAAUUGAGAUCGCUGUUACUCAAGAUGGUACCCGGGGUCGAAAGUCAGCCCAACAGGAGCCACUCGAUACAGAUAAUGAUUCAUCGCCCCGAUGGGCCCUUCAGACGACAAACAGCAAUUAUGCCGAGUCUUUGGCAAGGAGGGAAUCUCUUGCGCACCAAAUUGAGUCUUUGAAAUCGGAGGCCGAGGCCAAAAAAUCCGAGAUCACGCGGCGCAAAGAAAUUCUAGCUCGCAGACGCUCGGAUGCGGAGUCCGCCAAAUAUCAACUAGGUGAGCGAGAAGCCGGGACUCUGGCAAGUGUUCAGAAUACCAGCAAGCGGGUAGAGCAUGUAUGGCACAAUCUCCACAACAAAACGGCCGAGUCUCGGAUUUACCUAUGCCGGGAGGUUGCCAAUCUCUAUGGCUUGCGGAAAGCCACCAAGAAAGGCCAAGAGCGGGAGAGCUACGUACUUGGGGGCGAUUUCGUCGUUGAUUUGAGGGAGAUGAAUGGAAUCCCACACGAGCAAAUAUCCACCUCUCUCUCAAACAUCGCUCACCUUCUCAUGAUUGUCUCACAUUACCUGUCCCUGAGGCUACCUGCCGAAAUUACUCUCCCUCACAGAAACUACCCUGUUCCCACAAUAUACACACCUUCGGCAUCUUAUCGGUCGCGUGAUGCCCAAACCAGGUUCGAUUACCAGUCCUCAUCUAGUCCAGCAACAUCAAGAACGAUGGACCCACGCCCUCACACACCACGCCCACGCCCUCUCUCCAUUGGGAAACCAUUACCCAAACUCGCCAAGGAUGACUUUGCGACAUACACCCUCUUCCUGGAGGGGGCUACACUGUUAGCAUGGAACGUUGCAUGGUUAUGUCGCACUCAGGGGAUUAGCAUCUCCUCUGACUCUUGGGAGGAAGUUUGUGACAUUGGCAAAAACCUGUGGCAACUACUGGUAGCUCCGCCCGCUCACCCCUCAACCUUGAUGCGAGCCUUUGCUGGCCGAGACACGCAAACACAGUUGAAGCCUGGCAAAGACUCACCCAGAACCACCAUUCAACGGACCACCUCCUUUGCCAUGCUAGGCCACUAUUCUCAUGGGACCGCACAUUCUUUCCUGGGGGCAUCAGAAGGCGUGGACUUCAUGCGAAUGUGGAAGCUCCCAACGCCGACCAAGAUAGCGGACAAGCUAAAGUCGAAUCUUCUCGGUGAAAUGGCCAGUGCGGAAUGGGAGCUGCUUGAAGAGAAAGAAUGGGGCGAUGCAGUUGCGGAAUCCCAUCAAGCUGUUGCGCAUCCCCCCAAGUCUAUUGUACCAGGCUCUCAGGCUGGGUCUCAGGCCAAUACAGCAGAGAGCGUCACUAGUGGCAGGACUCCAAGUUCAAAAACAAGGAUCGAUUCUGUCAAAGAUCCAGGUGGGGAGGGUUCAGAUGCCCGUCCCAAAGGCAAAGGCACCAAAGGUUGGACCAAAGUGGGCACCAGAUAG